CCCCGGCCGGCCCGGCUCCCCACCAUGCUGGACGGGCUGAAGAUGGAGGAGACUUUGCAGAGCGCCCUGGAGCCCGCCGCCCCCUUCCCCUCGCUGCUGGGCAGGGCCGUGCCCCCCCGCUCGGUGUGCGAGGGGUGCCAGCGGGUCAUUUCGGACCGGUUCCUGCUGCGCCUCAACGACAGCCUGUGGCACGAGCAGUGCGUGCAGUGCACGUCGUGCAAGGAGCCCCUGCACACAACCUGCUUCUAUCGCGACAAGAAGCUCUACUGCAAGCUGGACUACGAGAAGGGGGCUUUUGGUGGAGGAAGCCCCCAGCGGCCGCGUCCUCGCCUCCAGCCCUCGGUGUGCCGGCGAGAGCACUGGGGCCAGCCCCGCUCGGCGCCUUCUUCGAGUUCCCUUUAAGUCCCGUAUUGUGGGUCUGAGUUUAAUCACUAUGGAUACAAGGAAAAUUGAAAGCAGAAUUUGUGCGUGCGACCUUGUUUUCAAAUGUUUACAAAAGAGCGGAAGAAUUAGCUGCUGCUGGAGUGGAAGGGAGAGAUCCACGGCGCAGGAUGGCUUUAUUUAUUUUUUCGGCAAAAAUUUGCCGAGUUUGGGUGCGCAGCUUGUCAGUCCGUAGAAAUUCAGCUACCGGUUCUCAUAGGUUUCCAG